ACCGUCAGCUACUCGGUGGUGUGUCGUGCGGCCCGGCCCACCCAUCCAGGACAGGGAGGGAAGGAUGGCGGUGUCUUCGGCCUUGGGAGCCGGCGGGGAUCUGUUUAUCUGGACGCUGAACGUGAGUCCUUUCCAGACUCGCCGCCAUGGGCCGUGUGAUCCGAGGGCAGCGGAAAGGUGCGGGUUCUGUGUUCCGCGCGCACGUGAAACACCGUAAGGGCGCCGCGCGCCUGCGUGCUGUGGACUUCGCCGAGCGGCACGGCUAUAUUAAGGGCAUCGUGAAGGACAUCAUCCAUGACCCUGGUCGCGGCGCUCCCCUCGCGAAAGUGGUCUUUCGUGAUCCCUACCGAUUUAAGAAGCGGACGGAGCUGUUCAUCGCCGCGGAGGGAAUCCACACUGGGCAGUUUGUGUACUGCGGCAAGAAGGCCCAGCUGAACAUCGGCAAUGUUUUGCCCGUGGGCACCAUGCCCGAGGGUACCAUCGUGUGUUGUCUGGAGGAGAAGCCGGGGGACAGGGGCAAGCUGGCACGAGCUUCUGGCAACUAUGCCACAGUCAUCUCCCACAACCCAGAGACCAAGAAGACGCGAGUGAAGCUCCCUUCAGGGUCCAAGAAGGUCAUUUCCUCAGCCAACAGAGCUGUUGUUGGUGUUGUGGCUGGUGGGGGCAGAAUUGACAAACCCAUCUUAAAGGCUGGUCGUGCCUACCACAAAUACAAGGCAAAGAGGAACUGCUGGCCACGUGUCCGGGGUGUGGCCAUGAAUCCUGUGGAGCAUCCCUUUGGAGGUGGUAACCACCAGCACAUUGGCAAACCCUCCACUAUCCGAAGAGAUGCCCCUGCUGGGCGCAAAGUGGGUCUCAUUGCUGCCCGCCGGACUGGGCGACUACGAGGAACCAAAACUGUACAGGAGAAGGAGAACUAGAGCUCAGGAGCUAAUAAAGUCUGUCCUUUGGCUAAUA